AUGUUGCACAUGAAGAGUUUGAAGAGAAGCGCCGUUCUUCCGCCACUCUCCAUAGCGACUCAUAUUCUUAACUGCAACACAAUUUGCACACUGUUGGAAGAGAUUGGAAAUCCUUAUACAAACGAAGAUGGUGACAUUUUCCCACUUCCAUUCCCAUCGUUGGCUCUUCUCAGUCACCAAAUGCCCGACCUUGAUCAGAACUCGACAUAUUCAACUGUCGGAUUUGCACUUUCUCAGGAAGGACUUGUGACAGAAAAUAAUGGCAACGUCGAGAACAAUCUGACGGCUGAACCCGAUUAUGGAGAAGACGAAGACGUCUUUGAUGAAGAAGAAGAAGAAGACGCAUUUGACUAUGGUAUCGACACCGAAAUUGACAAUGAGGUUGCCGUCGGAAAUGAAAUUACCGAAGAUUCGCAAGAAGAACGUGAUUUUCAACUCGCUAUCCGGCUUUCGCUCAUGGAAAUGAAGAAAAAUACAAAUUCGGCUGAUUUAAACAGCACCAUGAUUAACGAAGAGAAUAGAAAUAUCAAUAGGAAUAACCUAACUGAAUCGCUUGACUCGAGUUUCAAUAAUAAUACUGAAUACAAUACCGAGAAUAUUUCUCCUCUUCACAUAAUCACGGACGAUCAAUCUGAGUCAGACAUUGAAAAGUCAACGAAUGGUGCGAAAAAACGUCAAAUAGGAACGAAUAAAGCAGAAGAGAAGCGUCGCCGAAUGAGCUGA